GCCAUUUUGUAGCGCUUUAAGAAAACUCAGCCAAGCAGCAAAGUUGCAGAUCAGAGCUGCUGUUCUUCGUUGUGCAAUGGACGGCCGCCUAGAGACUGAAUUGUAUCCUCUGGGAUCAAGUUACGCAGAAUUAGACGUUGUUCAUGAUAUUGCAGUUGGCACAAAGAGAGGAUCUGACGAGUUGUUCUCCUGUGUUUCCAGCGGGCCCUAUAUCAUGAGCUCAGCAGCCAACGGCAACGACAGCAAGAAGUUCAAAGGUGACAUCAGAAGUCCCGGCAUCCCGUCCAGAGUUAUACAUGUCCGGAAGCUGCCCAAUGACAUCAACGAAGCGGAGGUCAUCUCCCUCGGCCUUCCCUUUGGCAAAGUCACCAAUCUGCUCAUGCUGAAGGGAAAGAACCAGGCUUUCUUGGAAAUGAAUUCUGAAGAAGCAGCCCAGACGAUGGUUACUUACUACUCCUCUGUAACGCCCGUCAUCAGAAAUCAUCCCAUCUUCAUGCAGUACUCAAACCACAAAGAGCUGAAAACAGACAACUCACCCAACCAAGUGAGGGCACAGGCAGCACUGCAGGCGGUGAAUGCUGUCCAUACAGGUAGCAUGACUCUAGGUGCCAUUGACCCAUCCGGUAUGGCUGGCCCCAGCCCUGUCCUAAGGGUCAUUGUUGAAAACCUCUUUUACCCUGUGACCCUAGAUGUCCUACACCAGAUCUUCUCCAAGUUUGGCACAGUGCUGAAAGUGAUUACUUUCACAAAAAACAACCAGUUUCAAGCUCUCCUCCAGUUUGCUGAUGGCCUGACAGCACAACAUGCCAAGCUGGCUCUAGAUGGACAGAACAUCUACAAUGGCUGCUGUACCUUGCGCAUCAGCUUUUCCAAACUUUCCAGCUUAAACGUCAAAUAUAAUAACGACAAGAGUCGUGACUACACCCGCCCGGACCUGCCCACUGGGGACAGCCAACCUGCUAUUGAACAUCACGCUUUGGCUGCUGCUUUUGCUGCUCCUGGGAUCAUCUCUGCCACGCCAUAUGGAGGAGCGCACGCCUUCCCUCCAGCUUUUGCUAUCCAGCAGGCUGCAGGGUUGACAAUACCUGGGGUUCCCGGAGCUCUUGCCUCAUUGGCCAUUCCCGGGGCAGCAGCGGCCGCUGCGGCUGCAAGCAGACUGGGCUUCCCGUCCCUCCCCGGCACCCACUGCGUCAUGCUGGUCAGCAACCUGAACCCCGAGAGAGUUACGCCAAACUGCCUCUUUAUUCUCUUCGGUGUAUAUGGGGAUGUAUUGAGAGUGAAAAUCAUGUUCAACAAGAAAGAGAAUGCUCUCAUACAGAUGUCUGAUGGGACCCAGGCUCAGCUGGCGAUGAGUCAUCUAAACGGGCAGAAGUUAUACGGCAGGCCCCUGCGCAUCACUCUGUCCAAACACACGACUGUCCAGAUGCCACGGGAGGGACAUGAAGACCAGGGGCUGACCAAAGACUACAGCAGCUCUCCUCUCCAUCGCUUCAAGAAGCCAGGCUCCAAAAACUACUCCAACAUCUUUCCUCCCUCAUCUACCCUGCACCUGUCUAACAUCCCACCCUUGGUUGUCGAAGAUGACCUCAAGAUGCUCUUUGCUAGCAAUGGUGCUCUGGUCAAGAACUUCAAGUUCUUUCAGAAGGAUCGCAAGAUGGCUCUGAUUCAGAUGGGUUCGGUGGAGGAAGCGAUCGAGUCCCUUAUCCAGUUCCACAACCAUGAUCUCGGAGAAAACCACCAUCUUAGGGUCUCUUUCUCCAAGUCCAUCAUUUGAGAGAAAUAUAGUCUGGAAAGGACUGGAGUGGCCAGUCACUUCAAACCUUAAUGAGUCUUAAUCAUAAUGAUCACUUCCAUCAUUCCAUUAUUUUAUUUACGAGGCAUUUUAGUGGAUAUUUACAUAAAUAUAUAUAUUUUUUCAAGGUUUUAGAACAGCUGUAUUAUUAGUUGGGCCGAGAAGUUCAUUAACUCGAUGCAUCACUCCAUCGGUCACUUUCAGCCUAUUUAAGGCUUGAUUUCUGUAGAAGCAGAGACAAAUCACUACAGGCCUUUGAUUCCAUUUGUGCCUUACUGCUUCAGAUCUCCAGAACCUCAGUCAAACAUCUGCAACUAAUGUUUGCAAAUCUGUAGUUUACAGUCCAUUUCAUGCUCUUAUGCUCCUGUGAGACAUGGGUAAUUUCAUCGGGCUGAUGGUACAGGCCUAAAACUUGGCACCUCUACGUUACGUAUAUCCCAGUAGGGUUGUACUCAUCAUAUCCUCUAGCUUUAGCAUUUAUACUGUUUCUUUAGAAAUAGAAUGUUUA